UAUUUUCACAGGAACAUUGCGUAUAAUUUUAGUUAAAAUAGGUCAAAGCUUUAUAUUCAAUAGCAGAUAGAAUAUUUCGCAACCGCGGGUCAAUUAUUUUGUUUGAGAACCAUGUACGUUGCAUAUCCGACCUAAUUUCCGGCUUUUCUUUAAUAACUUUACACACGUGAGAUCUGAAACAUAGAGCGCGUCGCAACCUAACGCAUUCGUACAGUUUAUGCAGUAUAGAAAGAAGACCACUUCGUGUACAGCAACAAGCAAAAAUCCGAAGUUUUAAAAUGGCGUCAGGCGCUCCUGUUUUCCGCACUCGAGUCCUAAACCACGUUGGCAUCAUUUGUUGUCUUGUUGUAAUCUCUAUUCUGCUUAUGAACCAAAAGCUACUUAGCAAGUUUUAUCGGGAAAGUAGAGGUGGGGUUAUAAAGGUUAACAAGGCAAGCACCAACAGCCACCCGAAAACUCGCGUGGAAACUUUAGUGGUCGGCGAAUCAGAAAAAUGGUUCAUGGAGAUGAUGGCACAACGAAUGCGGGAUAGACGGGAACUGUUGCAAGCGAAAUGCAAAAAGAUGGGUUUAGAUACCGAAUCAGCUAAACCAGUCAAGUUCGUUUUGGCGAAGAAAUACAAGUUUGCUUAUUGCUUUAUUCCUAAGACCGGGUGUACUAACUGGAAGAAAGUGAUUAUGUUGUUGAACGGAUACGCAAAGUCGCAGAAAGAGUUGGACGCGAUCGAUCAUGACCGCCUACACGGAAUCGUGGCCAAGAAAUAUCUCACGCUAAACGUUGGUGUACCACCUGCUAUUAAAGACUACAUGAAGUUCGUGGUCGUGAGAGACCCAUACGAACGCUUGGUAUCAGCUUAUAGAAACAAGAUAGCGAAACAGGACAACUUGGAAAAACCACAAUAUUAUAAAAUCUCUUACGCGAUCCGACAGAAAUACGGGAGCAAUUAUACUUCUGAUAAAACCAAGCGAAAGGAAGCUACAUUCGAAGAAUUCGUGGAUUACCUUAUUGAUGGGAACAACAGCGACAAAUUUUCGGUCAUAGAAAACCAUUGGUCAAAUUAUAACCGGGUAUGCAGUAUGUGCACUAUCCAUUAUGACGUCAUAGCACAUAUGGAAACUAUUGAGGAAGAUUCAAGGUACAUGCUGAUGUUGCUGAAGGCUCCGAAACAUGUUCAACUCCCAAAGGGGUAUAAUAAUACAGGAAGCAGCGUGAUCAACGUGGAUUCGGUUAACCAAUACUACAGAGACCUAAGUCCAGAUAAAAUGUUUAAGUUGUACGAAACGUACGUGGGAGAUUUUCAAAUGUUUGGGUAUCCGUUUCGUGAUCUGCGUAUUUAGAUUGUUGUUCUCUAGCUCCGUCUAGCGAGCAUGAUAACAUGCGUUUUAAGGUUGCAUUUGUUCGUGUUUUAUCGCACGUUUCGAGUUAAACACUUGAAACAUGAGCGCAUAUUAUAUUUGAAACAAAUAAAUUCUAUUUGAAAUGCUGCUCAUAGUCGAAAUUUAUGCAAAAAAAUAAAAUAAAAUUA